AUGCUUACGCUGAAGAAGAGAGCUGAAAGUAAAAGGCUGGCGAGAAAGAAGCUGGCUUCUACCUCACAUUCGACAGACGACAUAUCCACAACUUCCGGCCAAGUAUCCAUACCAAGUAAUCCAAACAAUAGUAGAAGAGUCUUAUUGGUUCCCGGAUCAGAUACAACUCGAUUAAAUGAAGGGGAUUUUACAACUGCAGAUUUAGACUCUGCAUUUUCUACGUUUGACCCAAUAUUUGAGCAGUUAAAAAGCCCCAUCUCACAAGAAAGGAUAAAUGCGGCAGCUGAAUUGAAUAUAUCUCUGAUCUCUCUCGUCAGAGAACUCUCUGUAGAAGACUUCCAACGUUUUAGUAAUAUUUUAAACAAUAAAAUAUUUGAAUUAGUUCACGGCACAGACUCAAAUGAGAAAAUCGGUGGUAUAUUAGCGGUAGAUACACUUAUCAACCUGUAUCUACAUACAGAAGAAUUACCAAACCAAACCUCAAGACUAGCUAACUACCUGCGUGUUUUAAUUCCAUCCAAUGACAUAGAAGUGAUGAGAUUAGCGGCCAACACGCUGGGGAAGCUCGCUGUACCUGGUGGAACAUUAACGUCUGAUUUUGUGGAUUUUGAGGUAAAAACGUGUUUGGAAUGGCUGACUUCCACACCUGAGACUAUAUCGUCAAGUUCUAAGCAAGAAUAUAGGAAACAUGCCGCUUUACUUCUAAUAACCGCUUUAGCAGACAAUUCUCCAUACUUAUUAUACCCAUAUAUUAAUCCUAUCCUCGAAAAUAUAUGGCGAGCGUUGAGGGAUAUUAAGUUAGUUAUUAGAAUGGAUGCCGCUGUAACUUUAAGAAAGUGUCUAUCAAUAAUACGGGAAAGAGACCCUUCAUUAACCAAGGAUUGGUUCCAAAAAUUAUUCAAAGGUUGCCAGAGAGGACUUACCUUGAAUACAAACGAAUCAAUACAUGCCACGUUGCUCGUUUAUAGAGAAUUACUAUCCUUAAGAGAUUCGUUCUUAAAUGGAAAACUGAACGAAAUAUAUCUAUCCACUAUAAAGUAUAAAGAUCACAAGUUUGAGGUAAUUCGAAAAGAAGUAUAUGCAAUUUUACCGUUGUUAUCAUCAUUUGAUACCAAAUUGUUUAUCAAAUCGUACCUCGAUCCAAUUAUGCUUCACUAUUUAAUGGUUUUGAAAAGUACAACGAGUAGCUCAACAGUAAACUCUGAUAAAGCUGCUAUACUAGUUUCUAUUGGAGAUAUUGCGUUUCAAGUUAAAUCACAUAUAACGCGUUAUAUUGAUCCCAUUCUAGACACAAUACGAGAUGGCUUGAAAAGUAAAUUUAAACAUAGGAAGUUGUUUGAAAAAGAGCUGUUUUAUUGUAUAGGAAAGUUAGCGUGUGCAGUCGGCCCGGCCCUUGCGAAGAACUUGAACAGAGACUUAUUGGAUCUGAUGCUUAACUGUCUGCUUUCAGAUUAUAUGCAAGAAACGUUUAUCAUUUUAAACAAAGAGAUACCUGCACUUGAAGCUACAAUCAAUUCACGACUUUUAGAUUAUAUAUCCGCAUCACUUUCGGGGCAAAAAUAUGAUGUAGCUGGAACGCUUACCCCACUGGAACCAUUGGAUAUGGAAAGGUCUCGUCGUUGGAGAAAUAAAAUAAUACAUGACAAAACCGGUGAAAUAAAUGACGAUAUAAGAGAUGCCCAAUAUUUAACGCAAGCGUUGAAAAUGCUGCGUUCGAUUAACUAUAAGAAAUCCUUGACAGAAUUUGCGAGACAGAUCAUAAUAUUCUAUAUUGAACAUGAAGAUAGUGAUGUCAGAAAACUUGCAGCGUUGAUAACCUGCGAGUUAUUUACAAAAGAUCCAAUUUGUAAACAAAUAUCGAGAAAUGCUUUGCAAUCUGUGUCUGAAGUCCUAAGCAAAUUAUUGACGGUUUCAAUUACUGAUCCCGUAUCUGAAAUAAGGUUGGAAGUUUUGCGACAUCUCACCUCUGCAUUCGAUUCCCAUCUUGCUCAACCUGACAAUAGUCGCUUACUUUUUAUGGCCGUAAAUGAUGAAAUCUUUACUAUCCAAAUAGAGGCAAUUAAGAUUGUCGCUCGAUUGAGUUCCGUUAAUCCGGCAUAUUUCAUGCCAUCUUUACGAAAAACAUUACUCGAAUUAUUAACACAAUUACGAUACUCUAAUAUGCCAAGAAAGAAAGAAGAGUAUGCGACGCUAUUAUAUACCAUGAUCCAGUCCGGUAGUGAGAUUACAAAACCAUAUAUAGAACCAGUUUUGGACGUUCUAUUACCAAGAUGCCAAGACCCUUCUUCUAGUGUAGCUUCAACUUCGCUGAAAGCCCUAGGGGAGCUUUCCGUGGUUGCUGGAGAAGACAUAAAAAAACAUCUUAAUGUUCUCAUGCCGCUAAUCAUAAAUACCUUUCAAGAUCAUUCAAGUUUCAAGAGAAAUGCUGCAUUAAAAACACUUAGUCAAUUAGCAACUUCUUCUAGCUACGUAAUAGAGCCUUUAUUGGACUAUCCAGAGCUGUUGGGUAUUCUGAUUAAUAUUUUAAGGGGAGAUGGUCCACAAGAUGUGAAGAGAGAAACAAUCAAGUUAAUUGGUAUUUUAGGUGCUCUUGAUCCAUAUAAAGUGAGGGCAAUUGAAGGACGUGCAAGUUUAGAAAGUCAAAUCGAACAAAACACUCCUUCAAUCGAUAUUGCACUUCUCAUGAAAGGAAUGUCUCCCUCCGACGACGAAUACUAUCCCACAGUUGUUGUAAAUACCCUUUUGAAAAUUUUAUAUGACCCAACACUUUCUUCUCAUCACACAGCUGUAAUACAAGCAAUCUUAAAUAUUUAUCAAAGUCUGGGGGUUCGAUGUGUAUCUUUUUUGGACAAGGUUGUCCCGGGAUUACUGUCAGUAAUGAGAACGUGCACCCCGUCCUUAUUGGAAUUUUAUUUCCAGCAACUAAGUAUGCUCAUUUCAAUUGUAAGGCAGCACGUUAGACCCUACGUAGAUGAGAUUUUCAGUGUUAUCCAGAUGUUCUUCCCUAUCAUUAAACUACAAAUCACUAUUAUUUCUACUAUAGAAGCCAUUUCAAAAGCACUUGAAAGUGAAUUCAAAAAAUACGUUCCCCUCGUACUAACGUCCUAUCUUGCUAUCCUUGAGAAUGACAAGUCGAAUAAAAAGGCGGUCUCAAUCCGAAUUUUAAAGUCCCUUAUCGUCUUAGGACCAUACUUGGAAGACUUUUCUCAUCUUAUCAUACCUUCAGUGGUAAGGAUGUCCGAAUAUUCACCUGGCAUGCUAGGAAAAAUUGCAGUUAUUGCAUUGGGAAAACUUGCAAAAAAUAUAAACCUUUGUGAAAUGUCGUCAAGAAUCGUUCAAACGUUGAUACGAUUGCUAAACAGGGGUGAACCUGACCUUAUUAAGACAUCAAUGAAUACUCUAUGCUUACUUUUGCUACAGCAAGGCACAGAUUUUGUUGUCUUUAUCCCAAUUUUGAACAAAGUCCUCAUAAAUAACCACAUACAACAUUCAAUUUACGAUCAGUUAGUCAAUAAACUAUUGAAUAAUGAAAGUUUACCUACUAAUAUUAUCUUUGACAAAGAAUUCGAUGUCUCCUCAAAGGAGCUUAAGGAAAAUGACUCUGGUUAUAAGAAAUUACCACUCAAUCAAGAAGCGUUGAAAAAUACCUGGGAAGCUAGUCAGCAAAGGACCAAGGAGGACUGGCAAGAAUGGCUGCGGAGAUUAUCCAUCCAAUUGAUACGAGAAUCGCCUUCACCUGCACUCAGGGCAUGUGCUAAUCUGGUAAGUGUCUAUUACCCUCUGGCUCGUGAGCUAUUCAACGCAUCAUUUUCUAGUUGUUGGAGUGACUUGUAUAGCCCGUAUCGAGAUGAUCUUAUUAAGGCACUAUGCGUGGCAUUAUCAUCCCCGCAAAACCCUCCGGAAAUAUACCAAACAUUAUUGAAUUUAGUUGAAUUCAUGGAACAUGACGACAAACCGUUACCGAUACCAUUUGAGACAUUAGGACAAUAUGCCCAGAAAUGCCACGCCUUUGCGAAAGCACUGCAUUAUAAAGAAGUAGAAUUUCUGCAAGAACCAACAGCGCCGACUAUAGAAGCUUUAAUAAGCAUAAAUAACGAACUCCACCAAAAUGAUGCGGCCAUCGGUAUUUUAAAGUUAGCACAACAACACCAUGAUUUACAAUUAAAGGAAAUAUGGUAUGAAAAAUUGCAACGUUGGGAAGAUGCGCUAACCGCAUAUAACGAACGUGAAGUUGCAGGUGAAGGAAGUAUCGAAGUUACUAUGGGUAAAAUGAGAGCGCUGCAUGCGUUAGGCGAAUGGGAACAAUUAGGUAGUUUAACAGAGGAAAAAUGGGCGAUCUCGAAACCCAAUGUCCAGAAAUUAAUGGCACCAUUAGCAGCUGGGGCUGCUUGGGGCUUGGGCCAGUGGGAUAAAUUAGAAGAAUAUAGUACAGUUAUGAAUGUCCAUUCUUCUGAUAAAGAAUUUUUUGAUGCCAUCUUAUGUAUCCAUCGGAACAAUCUCGAUGAGGGCCAACACCAUAUACUUAACGCGAGAGAUCUGCUUUUAACAGAAUUAUCAACACUAAUCAAUGAAAGCUACAACAGAGCUUACGGUGUCCUCGUAAGGGCCCAAAUUGUAUCAGAAUUGGAAGAAAUCAUUAGUUACAAAAAAUUACCGUAUAAUUCGAGUAAAAGAGGCUUAAUGAGAAAAACUUGGAAUAAAAGAUUACUUGGCUGCCAAAAAAACGUAGAUAUUUGGCAGAGAGUUUUAAGAAUUCGCUCUUUAGUCAUAAAGCCCAAGCAAGAUGCCGACCUUUGGAUUAAGUUCGCGAAUUUAUGUAGGAAAUCGGGUAGAAUGGGACUGGCUAAAAAAGCAUUAACUUCCCUUUUAGAAGAAGACGGUGAGCCACAUCGUUUCAAUACUGUUAGAGCAAGUCCACUGGUAGUUUAUUCACAGUUAAAGUACUUAUGGGCAAUCGGUUCUCAAGAAAAAGCCUUAAAAUAUCUGAUGAAUUUCACAUCUCGAGUGGCAUGUGAUUUAGGCCUCGACCCGAGUAAUAUGAUUUCUGAACAUUAUCCACAGAACGAUAGAAUUGCACCAGAAGCCACUGAAGAGUACAUGAAAUUAUUAGCACGUUGCUUUCUAAAACAGGGUGAAUGGCGUGUCGCAUUAGAGCCAAACUGGCGGCUCAAAAACCCAGAUGAAGUCCUGGGGUCGUACUUAUUGGCCACUCAUUUCGAUAACAGCUGGUAUAAGGCGUGGCAUAAUUGGGCAUUGGCAAAUUUUGAAGUUAUCUCGGUCAUUACAUCUGGUGGGGGGACGAAUAUUACCGAUAAAGAUAUCUCUUUAGGAAACAUAAAUCUCCAGAAAAGUGGUAUGAUCGGUGCAAACACAUUCGAUACGGAAGGAGGUAAUUAUCCACUAACCAUGAUCAAUAGACAUGUAAUUCCAGCAAUUCGUGGGUUCUUCCAUUCCAUUUCUCUCUCCGAUUCUAGUUCUUUACAAGAUGCUUUAAGAUUAUUGACAUUAUGGUUUACGUUUGGUGGUAUCCCAGAAGCAAACCAAGCUAUGCACGAAGGUUUUACAUUGAUUAAGAUCGCUACAUGGCUUGAAGUGUUGCCGCAACUAAUUUCUAGAAUUCAUCAACCCAAUCAGUUUGUGAGCAGAUCGCUAUUGUCGUUGUUAUCUGAGUUAGGUAAGGCCUACCCGCAAGCACUCGUUUACCCGUUGACGGUGGCGAUUAAGUCAGAAUCUGUGUCGAGACAAAGGGCAGCAUUAUCAAUUAUCGAGAAAAUGAGAAUGCAUAGUCCCGUUUUAGUCGCUCAAGCUGAACUAGUCAGUAGUGAGCUUAUUCGUGUUGCUGUUCUUUGGCAUGAAUUAUGGUAUGAAGGGUUAGAAAAUGCCAGCCGACACUAUUUUGGAGAAAAUGAUAUAUCAAAGAUGCUAUCUUCUUUGGAACCAUUACAUGAUUUAUUGCAGAAUGGCGCAGAAACUCUUCGUGAGAUCUCAUUUCAGAACGCCUUUGGUAGAGAUCUUAACAAUGCCUAUGAAUGGGUUAAUAAUUAUAAACAAACUAAGGAUAAAACUAAUCUGAACCAAGCGUGGGAUAUAUAUUAUAAUGUUUUCCGAAAGAUUAGCAAGCAACUACCAUCGUUACAAACUUUAGAGUUGCCACACGUAUCUCCUAAGCUUUUCAAUGCACAUGAUUUAGAAUUAGCUGUUCCAGGUACCAAUAUUUUAACUAAAGAAAUAGUUAAGAUAUCGUCAUUUGAACCGGUAUUUUCUGUAAUUUCAUCGAAGCAAAGGCCCCGUAAAGUUAAUAUAUUAGGAAGUGAUGGAAAACAAUAUCAAUAUGUACUAAAAGGGCAUGAAGAUAUUAGGCAAGAUAGUUUAGUGAUGCAACUUUUCGGAUUAGUAAAUACCUUACUGAAAAACGAUGAUGAAUGUUUCCGCCGUCACUUGAACAUACAGCAGUACCCUGCUAUCCCAUUAUCACCUAAAUCUGGUAUUCUAGGUUGGGUUCAAAAUAGUGAUACAUUCCAUGUUUUAAUUAAGGAAUAUCGUGAAGCAAGGAAAAUCCCUUUAAACCUUGAACAUUGGGUAAUUCUGCAAAUGGCACCAGAUUUUGACAAUUUGACCUUAUUAGAAAAGGUCGAAGUCUUUACGCAUGCCUUAGAAAAUACACAAGGUCAAGAUUUGUACAAAGUCUUAUGGUUCAAGAGUAGGUCCUCAGAAUCCUGGUUGGAGCGUCGAACUAUAUAUACCAGAUCACUUGCAGUAAUGUCCAUGGCUGGAUAUAUACUUGGUUUAGGAGAUCGUCAUCCAAGUAAUUUAAUGCUAAACAGAAUAACAGGAAAAGUAGUUCAUAUUGACUUCGGUGAUUGUUUUGAAGCUGCAAUAUUACGUGAGAAAUUUCCAGAAAAGGUACCAUUUAGGUUGACAAGAAUGCUUAGAAAAGCAAUGGAAGUAAGUGGAAUUGAAGGCACUUUCCGGAUCACAUGUGAAAAUGUUAUGAGAGUUUUAAGGGAUAAUAAGGAAUCACUUAUGGCAAUAUUGGAAGCUUUUGCGUUCGAUCCUUUAAUCCAUUGGGGCUUUGAUUUAUCGACAGAAAAGAUUAUUGAACAGACUGGAAUCGAUCUUCCAAGUACAAAUCCAAAUGACUUACUAAGAGAAAAUAGGGUAACUGUUGAAGAGGCAGCUAAGAUGGAGAUCGAACAGAAAAAUGCUAUAAGGAACGCUAGAGCCCUCCUAGUAUUGAAACGUAUUACAAACAAGUUGACAGGUAAUGAUAUCGGAAAUAAUCAUGAACUUGCUGUACCGGAACAGGUAGAACAAUUGAUCCAGCAAGCCAUCUCAGUCGAGAACCUGUGCCAACAUUACAUUGGUUGGUGUCCGUUUUGGUGA